GUCGCCCGCCACUGAGCCGGCGCCAGGGUAGCCGGGCGGCGCCGCCUGCCGCCCCGGGCCGACAGCCAUGAAGAAGGUGCUGUCCCGGCUGGCCAAGGUGGGCCGCUCCUCCAGUCACGCGGCCGCCGAGCCGGCCGAGCGGGACCCCCAGGCAGACACCCCCGGCGGUACACCGGAGGAACAGACAGAACGACCGGCCGCCUACGAUUUGGUCGGCCGGGAGCGAACCCUCUCCGGCCUGCAGCGGGCCGUCUGGGACGGAGACGUGGCGCGCGUGCGCUCACUCACCGCCAAGUCCACGGCGGGGGUGCAGGCGCGCGACCGCGAGGGCCGCUCGCUGCUGCACCUGGCCGCCGCCCGCGGACACCGCGAGAUGGUCGAACUGCUGCUGGAGAGACGGCUGCCCGUGGACGCUGAGGACGGCGACGGCAACACGCCGCUACUGAAGGCGGCGGAGGCAGACAGCGCGGCCUCGGUGCGCCUCCUACUGGAGCGGGGAGCCAGCGCCAGCCACUGCAACCACCACCAGCAGAACGGGCUGCAUGUGAGCUCCCGGCGCGGCGCCGAGCCCGUGCUGCAGGCGCUGCUUCAGCACGGUGCCAACGUCGACCAGGUGGACAAGGACGGUCAUACGCCGCUGCACCUAUCCGUGCUGCACGCGCACCCGGAGCUGGCGGCCGCCCUGCUCCUCCACGGCGCCGCGCUGGCGCCCGCCGACCGUGACGGGCGCACGGCCCUCCACCUGGCGGCCGGCCGCGGUCUCUCCGAGCUGGUGGCCCAGCUGCUCGAGGGCGGCGCAGAGGCCGAGCUGAGAGACGACGAGGGUCUGACGGCCGGCGAGCUGGCCGUCCGGGAGGGGUUUCCGCACAUACAGAGUCAGAUUCGCCGGCUGAGUCGCCGACACCGCAGCCUCAGCCAAAUGUUCAGCGUGGAAGACCUGGGCGUGGACGGACCGCCACCGGCAGAAACGGCGAAGGUGCAGCGUCUGGGCUCGACGUCAUCCGCCGGCGUUCCGACACCGCGCGUGGCCUCGUCUCUGUCCUCUGCCGGUGUACCCACCCCGAGACUGGCCUCCUCACUGUCGUCUGCCCGGGAAGCGGCGCCGCGGCUCGCCUCGUCCCUCUCCUCUGCAGGCGAGCCGGAGCCGGGCCCCGGCCGGCCCGACCCGGCCGCCACCCCCGCCGCCCCGAUCAGCGUCGGCUCCGACUCCUGGAGCGACGACGACGAGCUCAACUUCGCGCCCCCGCCGCGGAAGCCGUCCAUCCCUCUGCCGGCCUGCUUCCUGGCGGGGACGUCUCCGCUGCCGACCGACCGUGCUGGGGACCACGGUGGCGUUGAGCUUGCCUCCGGUCAGCCUCACUACAGCGACAUUAGUGGAGUAAAGAGGCUAUCCUCAGACAGCGGCGGCGGCGGCGACGGUGGACCGGCAGGAGACAGUGGCGCUGGUCCCAGAGAUCAGCGGCGCACCAGCUGUUGGUCCAGUGGGUCCGAGUCUGAGUCACCCAAACGGACGGGCCGGUCCAGCCCCCGGGCUCGGCCCAGCUCUGAGAGAGGAGCGGAGGGACAGCGAGAGGACGUGGAGAGAGCUGAUGGUACAGAGAACAGCUGCAGCGAGCCAGCCGUGUCACCGGUGAAACGACCGGACCCUCGGCCGGAGCGGGACGACAGCUGGGGAGAUGUCAGUCCAAUCCCGUUUGUAACCGCAGCUGGGGACGACUCGGGGCCGAAGCCCUCUGCGGUGGAGACGGGUGCCGGUGAUGCCCCGCAGUCUGUCGGCCGCGCCGCCUCGGACCCUCCUGAGGUCGAUCUCUCGGAUGGUGAGGACAGCUGGGGAGAUGACAGUCCCGUUUUGCCCCGGCCGUGGUCCAGCGGUCCACCACGUUUAAAUUCAGACCCGGUGCCGGAGCCGGGGGUCGAGCGGGCAGACCCGGCGCCGGAGCGGGAGGCCGAGCAAACAGACUCGGUCUCCGAGGACAGCUGGGGUGAUAGUGACGGCAGUCCGAUCCUGCCCGGGUCUCCGUCCGACCGCGGUCCGAGUCGCAGGACCAGUGGCGUCCGCCCGACCAGCAGAGAUGGCCCGGCGGACGGAGGGACGGGGCCAGUGAGAGAGACUAGUGCUGUGUCGGUGUUGGAAGACGGACGUGCUCCUAUCGGGCGUCGACCGACGAAAAAUAUACCGCAGAUCCAGCGUCCGUCAGAGACUGCGGACGAUGGAGACCAAGAGGAGGAAGAGGAUCUGAGCAGCUGGGGCGACGUUAGUCCAGUGCUGCCCCGCUCGCCGGCCGUCCCCCGCCGGGAGUCGCUGGCUGGGACCGCCGACCACCGCGCCUCUGAUCCACCCCUGGCCCCAGCGGCUGUGAGGGAGCCUCCCGCACCGCCACAGCCGGCCGCCAGGGUCGAGAGACAGUCUUCCCCGGUGGCGCCGGAGGACAGUUGGGGUGACGUGAGCCCCGUGCUGCCCCGUUCACGUCCUGCCCGGCUCGCCACACCGCCUCAGUUGGGACGAUCCCCGGCCGAUCAUACUGCCACUGCGGCUGACGACGAAGACUCACGUGGUGUUCAGAAGUCCGCGUCUGAUGAUAACCAGCCGGGCGCUGAAGAUAGCUGGGGAGACGUCAGUCCGAUUCUGUCCCGUCGGAGUGUCCCAGCGACAGCGGCGGCCAAGCAGACUGCCGAGGAGGAUAGUUGGGGCGAUACUUCGCUGCCGUCAGAGCUCGCCGCGGUGAGCAGAGGAGCCGCGGCGGAGAGGGGAGAUACGGAACACAUGGAGGCUGGCGGAGGGACGGAGACGGGAACACAACCUCCCGAACAGCCGUCCGAUGAGGAGAGCUGGGGAGAUGAGUCCCUGCCCGCGAUGGGACGCUCCGACAGCGAGGGUGUUCCCAGUGAACGGCGUACGCUUCAACGAAGCCAAAACGAAAUCAGUGGCUCGCUUUCUCGCAAAGGGAGCAGGGAACCUAUCUCUGGCAAUGUUUCAGCGGCCGCAAAAGUCAGUGAAGAUAGCAGCUGGAGUGAUCACUCGAGUAGCUUAGGCGACAAAGUCACGUGCAAAUCAGGGGAUGGACAGGAUUUCAAACGGAGGCAAAGCUCAGAGACGCAUGGUGAAAGUCGUGUGAAAACAUCUGAAUCGGCUGCGGGCUUGAGACGAGAUUCAUUUGUGAGCAAGAGACAGAAGAGCAUGUCUAGCGAAAGUUCUGCGCCUCUUGUUGAAGGAACUCAUGGUGAUGCACCCGUGCGGUCUCUAUCCCCCGUGGCACCUCCUCGGCGCCUCCCCGGCCUGACCUUAGACACUACUUCUUCGGAAGUCCCUGCACAGGCCGAGCCGGCGCGCCGUGCCCGCCUCAGCAGCUGGUGUGACGACCCUGUACCGCCGGCCGGUCCUGCUGCCCCUACCCCUGCCAGCGCGGCUCCAACUGCCGAGGACAGCGGCAGCUGGGACGACAGCUCGUCGGCUGGGGAUGACGGAGGAAACUCGGCUCGAUUGGUAGCCUCGCCGCCGGCGGAACGAGAAGGACCAGCUCCGUCGGAGCCAUCGAGCCACCUAAAGACAUCCGCUGAUCCCGAGUCAGCACAUCAACCCCAGUCAUCAGUGCCCACAGCCGCCCUGCCGCUUGAGCCGGAUUACGACACCUGGGACUCCUCGGUGGCUGAAUCGGCCGCCAGCCCGCGGCCGGAGCCCGGUGGGACAGAGGACGGCGCUGGGACUGGCCCGCAGCGUCCCGUCCGCCGACGGAGCGUCACCUUGCUGUCGCCGCCGCGGUCCAGGGAGACGUCGGCCUCGGAGACGGCGGACGCCACUCACACUCAGUGUUCGACGAGCCUGGCUGGAACGCUGGGCCGUGACGGGACCCUGCAGGGCACUGACGAGCUCUGGGAAGGUAACGCUACCCUGCGUGCCGACGGGACGAUCGGCGGCGGCAGCUCUCCGCGGGACGGCGGUCCUACCGACCCGUCUCCGCCGCCAGUGGAGCCGCCGCCGCUGCAGCUGGCGUCCCCUGACCGGCCGCCGCGGCUCGGCCAGCGCCGCGUGUCCGUCAGCCUGCCGCUGUCGGCCGACCGGGCGCUGCCGGUGACCGGGGAGCGGCGCCGGCGCGGCUCGGUCACCUCCGUCUCGUCCACCUCCUCUGUGAGCUCGCUGAAGUCGGUGGGCCGCACGCUGCGCGAGUGGCGGCAGACGCUACUGGCGCCGCUGCGCUCUCGGCGCCGGCGCCGCUCGCUCGAGCUGCCGGUGCGCCGCCACUCCAUCGCCAUCGACUCGUUCCUGACGGAGCAGGCGGAGCUCACGGCCGACGACCAGGUGGAGGACAUGUACCGCGAGGAGGAGGCUCCGCGCCGCGCCGUCUCCCGGCACCGCAGCCUCGUGUCGCCGACCGCAGACCAGCGCGGCUCCGACGGGUGA